AUUAUCACAGAUCGAACGUUCUUUAAUUGAAUUAAUAUUUAUAAAUAAAUAAAUAAACAAAUACGUGAAUUCUUUCGAAGAAACAAUGAACAAAUAGUAGGAUCGAAAUCAUUAUUUUACGUGUUACGUCUAAUUAUUGAAACAUCGCAUAAAGUUUCCAUUAAUCUUCGUAAAGAUAACAAUUCUUGAUGACACCAGCAACGAUUAAGAAAUAUUCUAAAGAUCAUUGAAAUGUUCUUGUGUUUACUCGAACGCGCCAUUUCGUUCGUAUUCCACGGAGUAACACGACGUCAUUCGGAGUGCUUCGGCAGUAACAAGCAGACGACACAAAGCAAAGUAAGGUUAAGUCGAAGAAAGUUUCUUCGAUAUAAAGAGUAAGCGAGAAAGAGAGAGAGAGAGAGAGAGAGAGAAAGAGAAAUGGCAAGGUUGUUUACACAAAUAAUUAAGCAUUCUUUUGAAAAAGUGUCUUCACAUAAGACUCAGUUAUUUACAAUUCCUAUAUCGACUUCAUUUCUGUGUACUUCACGUUAUAUAGCUACGACGCAACGAUUAAGAACAGAAAGAUGGUAUACGGAUACACAUGAAUGGAUCAAAGUAGAUAAUAAUGUAGGAACAGUUGGUAUAUCUGAUCAUGCACAAGAUGCAUUAGGCGAUGUGGUGUAUGCCCAACUUCCAGACGUUGGAUCUAUCUUUAAAAAAGAAGAGGAAUGCGGUGCAUUGGAAUCCGUAAAGGCUGCAUCUGUAUUGAUAAAUCCUGUCAGCGGAAAAAUAAUAGAAAAAAACGAUGCAUUGGAAAGUAAACCAGGAUUAAUUAAUUCGUCGUGUUAUAAUGAAGGAUGGCUGUAUAAAGUACAAUUAAGCCAUCCUGAGGAAAUCAAGGCUCUUAUGGAUGAAAAAGCUUAUGAACUAUUUUUGAAGUCUGGUUCUCACGAAAGUGAAAAUCCUUAGAACAGUUUUUAUAUCGUCGUUUUUAAAUUGUAUAUAUUGAUAUUAUAAAACUAUUUCACAAA